AUGCCGCUAUUUGAGACCCUGAGGGCAAUACAUGAAUAUACGAGAGAUCGCCAAAACGCGUACCAUGCAAACAAUCAGAAGCUGCUGCUGAGGCUAGCAGAUGUAGUCUCGCGAACAUGGGAUCUUGGAUUUACCGCCUUCGGAGGCCCACCGGUACAUUUUCAGAUUCUUCACCAACGGUUUGUGGAAGGGCGAGGAGGGUUGACGCCAUGGAUUGACGAGCAGACGUAUCAAGAGCUGUUUGCCGUUUGUCAAGCUCUUCCAGGUCCCGCCAGUACAAAAAUGGUUUUUUGUAUGGCAUUAAUCCACGCCGGCUUCAUCCCAGCCGUUCUCGUGUUUUUACUUUGGAGUUUGCCAGGAGCAAUUGGCAUGUUCGGACUCUCGCUGGGGGUCCAACAUAUCAGCAGUGUCCUUCCUGGUGCCGUGUACGCUUUGUUGUCCGGGCUAAAUGCGUCCACUGUUGGGAUCGUUGCUCUUGCUGCCGUCCAGCUGGCCGAAAAAGCUAUCAAAGACAGGCUGUCAAGAAUCCUCGUCAUUUUUGGUGCGUGUGCGGGCCUUUGCUAUAAUGCGCUCUGGUAUUUUCCAGUACUCAUUGUUGCGGGCGGCAUCGUAACGGCAAUAUGGGACGUUUGGCUGCGACAGCAAAUCGUCCGUUUGAGACGCAAGUGGAGAGAAAGACGGUCUCCCCCGCGACCUACGGAAGCAGGCGCAAACGAGGCCGGCGACAGCAUUGAACUCAGACCGCCGCAAAGUUCCAUUUCGAGUGGGUUGCAAAGGAGAGCGGGAGGCACAGUGGUGUCUGCAGCAUCGCCGGCUGAGACGGCACAGUCGAAAUCCACGGAGACGGGCCCUUCUGCGCCAAUGGAAACGGUCACUCCUUCAACCGACAUGCGAUCGCACGGCAUUUCGAUCCGGGCAGGGCUGGUCAUAAUAGCCGUCUUCUUCGCGUCUUUUAUCGCAAUCCUCACGACUCGAGGCCUUCUUGAUUCCCCUCCUCGGCCCUUGGACCUAUUCGCCAACAUGUACCUGGCUGGGACAAUCAUUUUCGGAGGGGGACCAGUGGUGAUUCCACUUCUCCGCGAGUAUGUGGUAGAGCCGGGCUGGGUUUCAUCCAGAGAUUUUCUCAUCGGUCUAGCCAUUAUUCAAGCCUUUCCCGGUCCUAACUUCAACUUCGGAGUCUUUCUGGGAGCCCUCGCCCUACUGGGAACCUCCCAACCUACUAUUGUUGGGGCUCUCGUGGGAUAUGUUGGCAUCUUCCUGCCUGGUAUCACGCUUGCUGUGGGCGUCCAGAGUUUAUGGCGAGUCUUGCGGACCAAACCAGUCUUUGUAAGCUUCCUCCGUGGCAUCAAUGCUACAGCAGUAGGAUUAGUCUUCACGGCGGUAUACAGGCUUUGGGAAAUCGGGUACCUCACACAGGAGGAGAGCCAAGGGCAGAGCCUAGCAAAGGAACCGUGGUGGGUGGUUGUGGCCGUCCUGACCUAUGCCGAAUCUGCCUGGUUCAACCUGCCUCCAGCUCCGGCGAUUGUCUUGGGGGGCGCGUUGGGAUUGGCAUGGUAUGGCGCGCUUGUUGGCCACGCUCGCUCGCCGUUGAUGUCGCCGAAGGAACGGACAGGAGAAAGGUCUGGGGAACGUUCGGCAGCUUGUGCCACUUGUGGUAAGACCUUUGCUCGCUCAGACACUCUUCUCCGUCAUGAAAAGAGCCAUCUUGCGACCGAGGAUCGAGGCCCCGUCCACCGCGUUACCAACGGAACAUUUCGAGCCUGCCGUGCGUGCGCGACGGCACGGUCUAGAUGCUCGGGAGGAACGCCUUGUGGACGGUGCAGUAUACGCAACAUCGAGUGUAUCUACCCAAACAAACGCCGAAAAGGCUUGUCACCAAAUGAACCGAUCAAAAUCAAAGAUGAUGGCCCGAAGCGACAACUUCUCGGCCUCUUCAAUGAACUGGUGUUCCCGUCGGAGAGUCAGGUCCAAGUAUCCAGCGACGACCGUCAGAGUGACCGAAAAUCUUCCACCUCGACGGCAUUCCCCCAGUCAAUGGCCCAUGGCGCGCCGAAGGAAUCAUACACACAUUCAACAUUUCAGCCAGAUUAUAGCUCCAGGCACGUGCCCCUUUCGCAAAGCGACCAGACAACGGUGGAAAUCAACGCGAUGAAUCAUCCCACUAGACAAAUGAUGCCACAAGACCACUUUGGAAGUGGCCCAGUGGCAUCUCAUUACAAUCCUGAUUUUGUGGGGGCCACGUCGACCUACGACUACACUUCCUUUGACGAGCCUCUGAACUGGAUUCCACCAAGCAUUUAUCCCUCCCCGUACGACGCAGAACUUGAGCAAGAUUUCUCCUUCAUCCUUCCUCCCUUAUCUGACACGCCAAACCUAGGUCCUGAUUAUGGAGUGGCCAUCCCUCUCGGCACGACCACUCAGAUCUAUCAAGUACCGACCAACGUCUCCCACGAGAUGCCCGAAAACCAAGGAUUUCCCGCCUCUCUGAUGACGGUGGAACAAAGUCCAGCCUCAUCGGCAAGUGAUGGCAUCAAUGCGACAAAACCAACCAACAGCACAUCCACGGCUUCGGACUUUAGACGUAAAAAACGCAAGACGUCCUUGGUCGCCGACAUGUUCAAUAAGGCGAGGAAACAGAGGAUGGGCUAUUCUUUCCCGGAUCCCUCAGACCCAUCCAGCGCCAUUUCGGCUCCUGACACCCCCGAAUACUGCUCCCAGACUACCUACGAUUCCAUUCUGAACAUGUUCCGAAAGUUGUGUGUGGAAAGUGCGCCUUCAAAUUCAUUUGAGAGUCCGGCUUUCCCAAAUAUGAACAGUUUCAACGCUUGCAUCGAUCUUUACUUUGAAUACUUCCACGCCAAUUAUCCUCUCUUACACAAAGCGUCCUUCGGACCUCGAACGCAUUGGAUCUCAGUGCUCGCGGUUGCCGCAAUCGGCAGUACCUUUACGAGAACACCGUACGCUCUAGAUAUUCGAGAAGCAUUCCAGGAGUUCCUGCGUCGAGCUGUCGACCAGUAUGCCGACGGAACGCCCGAUGUUUCCUUGGACAUCCCCCUGGCACAAGCUCGAAUAUUGAACCUGAUCGGUCUUGUUCAGUCUGACCGGGACCAGCUGCGGUGCUUAGCGCCUCGCUACCACGCCGACCUUUCCCGCUGGUGCCUGGAGUCCGGAGUUCUUCAACUUCCCGAGUGCGGUGACGUGUCAGAAGCCGAUCUUGACGGCCAAGGUAUCGAGGACCCACGACAAUAUUGGCAGCGGUGGAUAAGGGUAGAAUCCGUGCGACGGGUUGGAUAUCUGACUUGGAUGUUGGAUUGUUGUCUGGGGUACAUGGCCAACGUCCGGCCAUUAUGUAACAUGGACGAUGCGAGAACACCUCUCCCCUGCUCCGAAUCGGCUUGGAGUGCGUCUUCGCCUGAAUGCUGGGCCGAGGCGACACAGAAGCUAUCCGAGACCCCCUCAUUAUGCGCGGCGCUAGAAAUACUAUACAAUAAGAAGACGGUCGACCCCGCUUAUAGCGAGCUAUCACAAACGUUGCUGAUUCAUGCGCUAUACCAGCGGACGUGGGAAGUCGGCACUCAUAUCAAACAACCGCUCAGCGAGUGGGUUCCAACAGGCAAAGCUCGAGGAUUCUUGAAUACGCCAACAAAGGACAAUUUUUGGCUCCCUCUCUAUCCUCUGUACGCCAACUGGCGAAACUCCGCCUGUGAUUGUCUCGACGUGCUCCACUGGCAGGCAUCCAGCAUUGUCGCCAAAGCUUCGGGUGUGGAACAUGGAGUGAUUCUUCAUCUUCACCUCGCACGAAUCAUUCUCCUGACGCCAUUCCAAGAAAUACAGGACUUAUUGUUCUCCCUGAUUGGAAAAGUCGGCAACUCCUCCAAAGCAUCUUUCUAUGUCCACGACGGCAGCUAUCAGCCACGAAAUAGUGCCAAACUCCCCCAAAUCCGCAAGAUCACCUGGCGCUGGCUACGUGAGGAUCAACACAAGGCUCGUCUGGCCAUGGUCCAUGCCGGUUCGGUCUUCUGGUAUGUUCGUCGGUAUUCCGCGACAAGUUUCUUCGAGCCAGUCGCCGUCUAUCUGGCCACACUGGUUCUGUGGACCUACGGCUCCUACAAAUCGGCGGCGCUCGAACGUGACGCUGCAGCUGCGAAUCAGAAACCGGAAGGAGGGCCGAGUGGACCAGACGCCGGUGCUGCCAUUCAACCCUCACGCAUGGAGAGGAAAGAGCACCCUGUCCUGUUCAUCAACAAUGCGGCAUCUCAUCCGGAGAAGAGCUCAGGCCCCUUGAACCAACCACACUCGGCCUCUAUGUCACCACUCGAAGGGCAACCAACAGAUUCCCAGUGGACUUCGGCCAGCGGGAGCGGAAAUCCACCACCCCAAAACGCCGACUCAGAUAGUGAAGAAAGCACCUCUUCAUCGGACGAACAGCCGGAAUUCAUCCACCUAGACCGGCCGUGUGAUGACGAGAUGGUACAACACUUCGUACGUAAUGGUCACAACAUGUCGGGACAUAUGAGCAAUGUGGGCGAUAUCUGCAAGACCCCGCAGAAAGUUCUGCUCGAAGGCGCCAAGUUGUUACGUACUAGACUUGCGUGUUGGGGCGUGAGCAGGGAAUACUACGAUAUAUUGACCAAGCUGGCGGAGUUGAGAAAGGCUAGCUAA